AUGAAUUCAGUCCGAUCGCUCCGCUCAUUAACUUCUAUAUAUAGUCAUGCGAUCCAUUUUGUGAGCUAUGCGAUACGACAGGGCAAACCAUUCGUGGCCGAAUAUGAAUGUUAUUUGCCAAAUGGGUUCUCAGGAGAGCUGCUGUUACAAAUUAUCGCGUGUCUCAUUCUUCCCGGACAAGGUCUCAACAUUUUGAUUCCUUUCCUGGAUAGGAUAAAAUUCGUUCAAAAUCUCCGUGAAAUAGCUAUUGAAAUCCCGCAACAAGGUGCUAUCACUCUGGAUAACGUUCAACUUCAAUUAGAUGGUGUGCUUUAUUUGAGGGUUUUCAACCCAUAUCGAGCUUCGUAUGGUGUUGACGACCCGGAGUUUGCUGUCACUCAAUUGGCCCAGACAACUAUGAGGUCUGAGGUCGGAAAAAUCAGUCUGGAUACUGUAUUCAAAGAACGAGAGCAGCUUAAUGUGAACAUAGUCGAAGCUAUAAAUAAAGCGGCUGAACCAUGGGGGAUUAAGUGCAUGCGGUACGAAAUCAGAGAUAUGCACAUGCCCGAAAAGAUUCAGGAAGCUAUGCAAAUGCAGGUAGAAGCUGAACGUAAAAAGCGCGCAGCAAUUCUGGAAUCUGAAGGACAUCGAGAAUCUGCUAUAAAUAAGGCAGAAGGAGAGAAGAGAGCGAAGAUUCUAGAGUCUGAAGCCAGAGAAGCAGAACAGAUCAACGUCGCUCGCGGUCAAGCUGAGGCUCUUCGAAUAAAUGCUGAAGCAAAAGCACAGGCAAUUGAAAGGAUAGCUACGGCACUUAAUCAGACAGCUGAGUUUCCUAUUUCUUUUGCGGGAUUAAAGUGUCAAAGAAUGGUGGUGAACGGGUGCUUGCGACCUUUCGGUGGCCAGCAAUACGUUGAAGCAUUCCAGCAACUUGCAAAGAAGUCCAACACGGUGAUAUUACCAGCAAAUUUAAGCGAGCCAAGUUCGAUGGUAGCGCAAGCACUCACUUGUGUCGAGGUUAGGGCAAGAAACAGACUAAACAAAAUAAGUGAUAAAUAG